UCGACAUACACGCUGGAUAUGGACAUGUCAGACCGAUACUGGACUCUGUGGACAGUUGUCUUGUACAUCUGUAUGGCCAACGUGCCGAGAGGAGCUGAGGCAACAUGCACCAAUACAUAUGAGUUCCGAGUUUCCACUGGUUUCUAUAAGGACAUGAAGAUAGACAGUACCAUAAGACAACGAGGCAACAAGUCAAGUUUAGUGGAUUGUUUGUUUUUCUGCAGCCGGGUGAUUGUCAACAACUUCUUCUAUAACAAAAACACCAACGACUGCAUCUGCGCCCUGGCUUACCCUGGGAGUGCGCUCCUGGUCUCCGGGCCGGGGUACAAUCAUUACGGUGCAGCAGGUCUUAUUGGAGGCUAUCUGAUGCAGGCGAUGAAUGCUUCAUCAGCGGGAUAUGGGUUUGUUAGUGGAGGCGUAUUUACUGGCUGGAGUCCACAGCCGGAUGAUGAAGCUCCGUGGCUUGAGGUUGGGCUUGGGAAGUUCCUGUACUUUAGUGAGGUUCGAAUCUCUUCCACCCAAACCGCUGCCAUGACGGACGUCUGGUUCCGGGACUCCGGCGGAAACUGGAUACACACGUGGACGAAAAACGACAAGGAAUCCGUUGACGGCAGCUUUUUGUUCCCACAUUGUCGGAUGCUGACCGUUCGCACGGAUGCAGUCAGAAUAGCAACGAAGAAAGGCUUAACUGUCCAAAUUUACAAUAUACACGUGUACGGUCGGAUGUAAAACAUAACAUUACACGCCGUGAUUUGGAUUAUUGUUAACUAAUCAACUCACUAACUCGAAUCGCUAUUCGGCUUGUCCCAGUAUAUUAUAGUUCGAGUUGGUCCAGAAUGCCGUGGCGGAAUGUGCAAUCGAA